AUAGAAAAAAGGAACAAAAGGAAAAGGGUAGUUGAAGAUACUAAUAGUAUUGAAAUAUUGAACCUACAACAAGAAUUUCUAUUAACUGAUAAAAGUAAAGCAUCUUCUAAGAAACGAAUAUGUUAA